GAAUAGUUUACCCUUAAGCAGGAUCAAGGAAACAGAGAAGAACAUUCACGAACUGAGAGGCAGGUUGGGAUCUGACCACUACUUAAGACAAACCAUGUGAGGGAAGUGUUUACUUCAGAGGCCAACAGCAGUGGCACUGUGAUAAAAGAGAUGGCUGAGAAGUGCUUUCCACUCUAUGAUCUACUUCUGAUACUGAUUACCUUUAUGCACGGGAACCGUGGAAAGGAUCAUCUAAAGUGGCAUUAGUCAAGACAGGUGGAUGAGGGUGGAUUAAACAUUUUCUACUGUGAUACCAACAGCAGCACUGUCUCAGUGCCCCAGUGCCUGCAGAGGAGGUCACCAUGAUCUCUACAGCUACCCGCUGGCUGUUCCUGGUGUCUUUUAUCAUUCUGACCAUUGGUGGGAACGUGCUGGUAUGUUUGGCUGUAGGGCUCAGCCGUCGACUUUGGCGCAUUGCUAACUGCUUCGUGGUGUCGCUGGCAGUGACAGAUCUCCUGCUCGGCCUGCUGGUGCUGCCCUUGUCUGCUACUGUGGAACUGCGAAGUGGAAAAUGGCCCUUCGGAGGAGCGCUGUGUAACAUCUACAUCUCACUGGAUGUCUUACUGUGUUCGUCCUCCAUCCUGACCCUUCUGGCCAUCAGCGUGGACCGGUACCUAGCCAUUUCAGCUCCCCUUAGCUACUCCUGGAGAGUAACCCCUGUAAGGGUGACACUGGCCAUAAUCGCCAUCUGGGCCUUGUCACUGGCUGUGUCCUUUGUGCCCAUCCACCUGGGCUGGAACACAGCAGACUACCGAGUGCAGCACUUGGACUGGGGCAUGGGGGAUGAGGACAAGGAGGGACGUUACUGCCUGUUUGAAUGGAAUAACAACUAUGUUCUUAUUUAUGCCGUUGGCACAUUUUACCUGCCUCUGCUGAUUAUGUGUGGAAUGUAUCUUUGCAUAUUCAGAGUGGCAAGAGAGCAGGUGCGGCGUAUUCGUGCUGCCACUCCAUCAUUUGCACGCACAGCAUCAACUACAGCCAUAGCCCGAGAGCACAAAGCCACAGUGACCCUGGCAGCUGUACUGGGAGCCUUUGUCAUCUGCUGGUUCCCCUACUUCACCUUUUUCACCUGUGUGGCCAUAAAGGAGGAGAAAAACCCCCCUAAUACGCUCCACUCUGUGGUCCUGUGGCUGGGCUAUUUUAACUCAGCUCUGAACCCCAUCCUGUAUCCGGCCUUCAACAAGGAUUUCCGCAGGGCCUACGCAGAGCUGCUUCGCUGCAGAGGACUGUCUCACAGAAAGUUGCAGCUUACUUGCAUGUCUGUGCAUAAACGAUUGACCUUUACUAACAGACAAAGAGUUUCCAAACAGUCUGAGAAACAGAUGUACACAGUUAAGAAAGAAACUGAGGGGGAGAUCCUCACCCUGCAUGAGAGAAAUGGUAUCGUUGAUGAGCCAAGCUGAAAUGCUGUGAAUAUACCACUGGAUUGUACACUGACAGCAAAAGGUUUCAGAUGAGGGACCGUCCAAGCUAUAGUUCAUUCUGGCCCUCUUACAUACGUACAUUUUAUUUUCACAUACAUAUUAUACAUACAUAUAUAUGCAAUUUAUUGUCAUUCUUACACCCACACAUUUGUAUUCUGAUACUUUUGCAUUUUCACUCACAUGUUCAUAUAUUUUCAGUCAGCACUGAAAGCAAAGCAGUCCUGGUAGGAGUUGGCUUUGGGAAAUCAUGAGAUGUAGUUUAAAUAG